AUGAGCUAUUCGCUCUCAGGCACCACACUUGUUAUCCUGAUCGUCGUGACAUCCGAAGAAAAAAAUGCCGAUGAAUUAUCGACUUCCAGCACCAAGCAAGAGGUCACCAAGGAGGUGAUUACUGCACUAACGCCCGUAACAAAAGGAGCAUUCGCACAAACAAGCACACUUCUACUAUUAACAAUGGCAGGAGCUCUACUUGUUACCGGAUGCGUAGUAUCCGCUGCAUUGUGGCUGUUAGCAUGGAGAAAACGAAGAAAACAAACAAUGGGUGACGAAGAAACGAACGGUCCUCCAUCUCCGCAAAAAAUGGAUUCUGAGGUCAUUAAUCUCAGUGAAUUCCACGAUCUUGGACCAUUGGUGAUGCAGGCGAGAAUGAAAGGACGAAUCAAACAUGCCUUGGACGAUGAAAAGUCUCAUAGCUUAAAAGAAGUUGCGUUUGACCCCAAACACAAUGAAAUAGUAACAAUAGGAUCUGAAGUCGAACAACUUGAUGGGAUGUCACAGCUCUCGAUGCUCUCUGGCGAAAAAUCAGUGGAAGUCAUUAGGGCCCCUAGGAGAGGGGGGUUUCCAACUAUGGCAAGUGAGGCCAAGAAAGCCGAAGCGGCAGCAAAAGAAGCGCAGCGGGUAGCGGAAAACGAGAGGAUGAUCGCCAUAUGCGCCGCUCGUCGUAAGGCAAAGGAUGCGGCAGCGGCAGCAGCGGCGGCGGCACAAUCCAAAUCGGACGGCGACGCAUCACGAACGAAGUCAGAUGAGUCGAAAUCAGCUGGGGCGAAGUCCGACGGAACAAGGACUGAAGUAUCAAGCCCUGAACCAAGCAGUGUAGUUAUAACUCAGAGAACUCAAGCAAGCACAGCGAACCGAGUGGAAGAAACAGACAGAAGUAGACGAGGACCUACUCAUCUAAAAGAAAUCGAGAGACGUCAAAGAAGACCUUUCUACUCACCAAAUUAUUCGUCAAGCAAUGAUUCGAGAUCGUCGAAAUCCUCUGGGAAUACAGUUGUGAAGGCAGAUGAAAGUGCUCGUAGACCUCGAUCAGUAUCAGUGAGAAGGAGGCUUGCACACGAUGGAAGAACCGCAGAUGGGCUCGGUGUUAAGUAUGAGAUGACAAAAUCAAGUCGAUCCAGUUCUUCCCGAACUGCGAAGAGAUCACAUUUCCCAGAACCAGAUGAAGAGGCGACGAGCACUCAAUCGCCAAACUCGUGA